AUGACAGAUUGGUAUGGCCUUGGAACAGAAAUGGGUGCUAUUCAGUCAAAUCUGGCUACCACUGGUGCCUCUGUGUACCAACACAAGUCUGUCUCCCCCCAUCUGACCAUUGCUUCGGCCACCACCUUGGCCUUGGAGUUCCAAUCAACCAUCUCGAUCCUUCGGACUGACAUUGAAGUGACACCACCUGACCAUGAUCAUCAGCAGACGGCCCAGUCUCGACUUCUCUGGAAGACUCCCCCGCCAAAUUACCACAAAGUUAACUGUGAUGCGUCAUGGAAGGCUCCGCACAAGGCCGGGAUUGGCAUUAUUAUCAGGAACUCCAAUGGAGAGCUUCAUUGCGGUGCUGCUUCUCCAGCUCACUGCGGAUCAAUAGCGGAAGCGGAAGCUUUCGCAAUCCUUCAAGGGGUCUCUUUAGCAGUCACAACGAAUCUGAGGAAGGUAAUUAUUGAAUCAGAUGCGAAAGAAGUGAUCAGUGACUUGCGUGAAGUGGGUAGAAGGAAAAAUUGGAGAACUUACCCGAUUCUAGAACAAAUUCGAAAGAAGGCUUCGAGUUUGGAGGAUUGUAAAUGGGAAUGGAUUCCCCGUGAAGCGAAUAGGGUUGCUCACAAUGCAGCUUCGCUUGCCAAUGGGUCGGUGGGUCCUUUGAGAUGGGCUACCCAGCCACCACCUUCCCUAACACUGGUUCUAAGGAAUGAUGGUCUCCCCUGUCCUCCCAUGGCGGAGGGAUGA